AUGAAGUUAGGGUCUACCAGUGGCCCUCUGGUGUGCAAUGGUUCGGAGGAAGUUGCAGAAAUAGAUCAGAAAGCACUGUCACCACCAAAGAACCAGUCAGCAGUACUCGUAAGAGACGGGCAUGGGCGGUCAGUUAGGCAUGGCCACGGGUGCUCGGGGGAGGAAGUUGCAGAAAAACCAGGCACUAGAUGCUUUAAGUAUGACGCGUUCAUUAGUUUCAGGGGUGAAGAUACACGUAAUGGCUUCACCAGCUAUCUAAACAAGGAACUGCAAAGUCAUGGCAUUAACACCUUCAUUGACAGUGAAAGCCUGGCAGUAGGCCAAAGAAUCAGCCAUCUGUUGAAGUGCAUCGAGGAGUCCAAGAUCUUUGUGCCGGUCUUCUCUAAGAGCUAUGGGGACUCCAAAUGGUGCUUGAAGGAGAUAGCUAAGAUGGUGGAGAUCAACAAGAAGGAAGGAGAAAACAGGCCCAUAAUUCCCAUAUUUUAUGAUGUUCAUCCUUCUGAUGUCAAGAAUUGCAGGGCAUCAUUUGAAAAGGCUUUCCAAAAGCAUCGACUUGAUGAGCAAUUAGAUGACAAGGAUAUCAAGGAGUGGGAAUCCGCCCUAAGAGAAGCAGGAAACAUUUCUGGCUAUCUCCGUGAAGCCGAAGGGAGUGAGGCAGAUCUGACCUCGCUUGUACGUGCAAGGAUCUCUAGUAUAUUGAGCAAAGUUCCUUUGGAUGUAGAGCCUGUAGGGAUAGAUUCCCAAUUACAUAAUCUCAAGCAAAUGCUGGAAAGAGGAACAGAUGGUGUUUGCAUGAUCGGAAUAUGCGGUCUAGGUGGAAUGGGCAAGACCACAAUCGCUAUGGACCUUUAUAAUCAGCUCUAUCCUACAUUUGAAAGCAGUUGCUUCCUCUCAAACAUCAUAGAACAUGAGAACAGGGACGGCUUACCCUCUUUGCAAGCGAAGCUCAUGAAAGAGGUUUUAAAAGAAACCAUGAGCAUAGACAAUGUCAGAGAAGGAGUUAGCUUGAUAAAACGAAGGCUUGGAAGCAGGAAAGUUCUCUUGAUUUUGGAUGACGUGGAUCAUACACGUCAACUCGAGGCUUUCACUGCUAACCGUUGGGAAAAGGAGAAAGAGUGGUUCGGUGCAGGAAGUAAGAUCAUUGUGACAACAAGGAACGCAGAGGUUCUUCUCCAGCAUGGAUUGCAAGAAAAGUACAUUUAUUUUCUUGAAGGAUUGAACGCAGAGCACUCACUGCAGCUAUUUUGUCGCCGUGCAUUUGGCAGCAACCAACCAUUGACAGGAUUCGGUGAGCUAUCUCAGGAAAUUGUGAAGGUAGCAGGGGGCCUGCCGCUGGCACUGGAAAUUUUUGGCUCACACUUUAGUUUCCUGAAGGAAAAACGAGAGUGGGAGGAAACUCUGAGAACAUUGAAAAGCGAACAGGAUAAGGAAGUUCACGAGAGACUGAGAAUAAGCUACGAAGGCCUGAAUGACAGAGAAAAGUGUGUCUUUUUGGACAUUGCUUGUUUCUUUAUCGGAGAGUACAGAGAAUCUCCAGUUUACAUGUGGGAGGGUUGUGGUUGGAAUCCGCACCUCGCACUUGAAGUUCUCCAACACAGGUGUCUUAUUAAAAUCGACGGGUUUAAUUGCUUUGUUAUGCACGACCAAAUUCGAGACAUGGGAAGAAUGAUUGCUGAUCAAGGGAGCCACAGGGCAGAUCCUCUCACGCACCGCAGCAGGUCAUGGAGCAAGGAUCAAGUAUUGCAGGUUGAACUUGGGAACCACGACCUCCAUGGCGUCGACUUAUCCACAGUUGCAGGUGAAAAGCUUUGGAAGGUAAUAAUGGCGGCAAUGCCUAGGCUCCGGAUGAUCACUGGUGCAACUGAAGGUGCAGUUGAAGAUAAAGGAGAGAUUGUUCGUCUGCCAGGUAACGCACGAUGGUUCAGUUGGAAGUGGUGUUCUUAUGAGACGCUCACGUUUCAGAACAGCCGGCAUGAGCAGCUCAUCGUCCUCGACCUAUCCAACGGUCGCCUUCAACACUUCGGGUCGCGCAUGGCAUUUCCAGAGCUGAAGGUCCUCGAUCUAACUUGGUGUAUCAAUCUUAUACGGACUCCAGAUUUCACUUAUCUCCCGUCCCUGGUGAAGCUUGUGUUUGACUACUGUGUCGCGUUGAUCGAGAUGGACGAGUCGAUCGGGCAUCUUGAUAAGCUGGUGAAACUGAGUAUGGAGGGAUGCAGUAAACUAAAAGGACUGCCUGCUGCACUCUGUAAGCUGAGAUCACUUGAAUAUCUUGAUCUUUCCGGCUGUGAGAAGGUUUCGUGUUUGCCGGAUCAAAUAGGGGACUUGAGGUCCCUAAAAUAUCUUAACCUUGAAGAGAUGGGGAUAUCUUAUCUACCCGAUUCCAUUGUAAGGAUGCAACUUCUUGAAAAUCUCGACCUCCAUGGUUGCAAGAGAAUUUCUUCUCUGCCGAAACAAAUAGGGGACUUGAAUUCCCUAAAAUAUCUUGGUCUUAGCCAAACGCAGAUAUCAGAUAUACCCGACUCCAUCGGAAGACUUCAGUCACUUGAACAACUCGACCUUGCGGACUGCAAUUACUUGAGAGAGAUACCUGAUUCAGUAGGAGCCCUCGAGAGUCUCUCACAGUUGACAUUGAAGCGGUGCAAGCUCUUGGAACAAUUACCAAACUCCGUGAGAACGUUGACAUCUUUAAAGAAGUUGGACAUUCGCAACUGCCAAUCACUAACAGAAGUCCCUGAUUCAUUGGCACACUUGAAGAACAUGUUUGAAUUAUCUCUUGAAGGUUGCAUCUUGUUGGAGAAAGUACCGAGUCCCAUCGUAAAGUCAAUCCCACGUGUACAUGGUGAGCUCCAUCUCAAUGGUCUUAAAUCACUGAGGAGACUGCCUGCUUCUCUGGGCAAUAUGAUGAGUAUCCGUAGACUGAGCUUCCGUGACUGUGAAUCACUUGAAGAACUACCACAAUCCAUUAUCAGGUUGACGUCUUUGGAGGAUUUAGACCUUUCUGGUUGCACUUCACUAAGAAGGUUACCAAAAUCAAUAGGAAACUUCAGGAAUCUAAGGCAUUUGAGCCUGAAGCAAUGUCGAUCACUUGAGGAACUGCCAGAUUCCAUUGGCAGGUUGAGAUGCUUGAGAGUGCUCCAUAUUUCUGGUGGAAUGUCAGUGAAGAGGGUGCCUGACUUUAUAGGAAAGCUGAAGAAGCUUCUCGAGUUGCAUCUGAGGGAGAUUGAAGAAAUAUCGGUUCUCGUUGGUGGCCUUCCCCAACUGGCCGAAAUAUAUGUAGAAGAUUGCCCGAAGUUGGAGUCGAUCCCUCAGCUUCCCUCCUCUCUUGACCAUCUCUCAGUUCUACGUUGCUCUGCCCUCACCCACUUGUCUGGCCUUGAGAGAUUGAAGUCUUUAAAAAAGUUAACAUUGACCCACUGUGACGGCUUGGGGCGCGGCUUCAUGGAGAAAUUAUCACAGGCGUCGUUUGAACAGUUGGAUGGCUUCCUGGUUUCCGGAGUAAGCGAGGGAUCGGACUUGGUAUUUUGGCUUCCAAAAUGGCAACUCAGGCAACCAGUUAAAGCGCGGCUGAUUUGCUCGACCGAGGAGGCCGACUGCAACACUUCACAGAUUAACGUCUGUGUCCAAGUAAAGGUAGGAGGAGAGAUCGUCACUGAGAGUAGAUGGGAAGCAGUAAAAUUUGAGGAACUAAUUGGGCGCAAGAAGCUUGAGAAGUGGGGGGUGGAAGGCAAGGUUUUUUAUGCGAUCGAGUGCUUUGAAGAAGAUGAGGAGACUUUCAAGUAUGUGAAGGAAGGACAGGCGACAUUGAGGGUUCCAACAGCUUACGACGAUUACCUGCUGAAGGCAGCCUACUUUGCAAUUCUUUGAUUCUGUGGCAAAUCUUUAUUAAUUGUAAUAAUGAGAGGACAGGUCGAUCGUAACUCUGCUGUGACAGUGUUUCGUAGAUGUUUUUGCGCGUGCUUGAGGUCCGUGGUGUU